AUGACGGACGCGAGCCUGGGCUCCGCCCAGGGCGCCGUUGACUCUCUGCUUGCGCGUCUUGCAUCAGUCCUCGUCGACGAGGCGCAACUGCUCGGCGGCGUCCGCCACAACGUGCAGUUCAUCAAGGAUGAGAUGGAGAGCAUGAACGGCUUCCUCCGGCACGUUGAGGAGGCCGACGAGGAGGACUACCAAAACAGCAUCGACCUCUACAUCCAGAGCAUCGGCGCUGGCCGCAGAGUGCCAGGCCUCCUAGGCUACCUGCGCCGCCUGCCCAAGCUGGUGUGGACGCUGCCGACGCGUCACCGCAUCGCCAGUCAGAUCCGGGAGCUCAAGAUCCGGUCGUGCGAGGUGGGGGAGAGGCGCAUGAGGUAUGACGUCAAGGUGCCCGAGCCCGACCGAGAUCGUGCAAAGGCUAUGAAGAGGGCAGGGUGGCAAGCUGCUGGAAAUGAUGACACCGACGAGCAGGAAGAUGGUGGACGGCGCCGCUUUGCUGACCUUCGCCUUGCUCGCGACAGGGUUGACGGCUACUGUGAGGACCUCUUGAUACCGUUCCUGAUGGAUGCAAGGGAAAAUCAUGUUCGGCGGCGACACAACUAUAAAGUCAUAGCAGUUGUAGGAAUGGGUGGCAAGGGCAAAACAUAUGAGGCGGCGAGGGCUUACAAAGCUCCUUCUGUCGUGAGCUCAUUUGACUGCAAGGUCUGGAUCUGCCUAGGCCAGGAAUCGACUAAAGUGGCUGCGUUUCUCCGGAAGAUCCUGGCAGCACUAGAUAAUCCAUCAGAUCAGUUUGACUUGGAAUCCGCACAACUUCAGUCGAUGGAGAAGGAAGAGCUUAUCACACAGCUUCAGCCGAAUGAGGAGGAAGAGCUUAUCACAAACCUUCAGUCGGAGGAGAUGAAAAAGCUUGUCCCAAACCUUGGGCGGACUGAGGAGGAAGAGCUCAUCGAAAAGCUUGAGCUGCGCCUGAAUGGUAAAAGGUUCUUGCUUGUGAUUGAUGAUGUCCGGGAUGGAUAUCUAUGGAACCACAUCGGAGCUGCUUUCCUCAAACAGAGCUGCUCUCCUGGUAGUGUCAUACUGAUCACCACACGUUCAAAUUAUGUGGCCCAUUCAUUUUCUCCAAACCUGAACAUAGAUAUGGACACUAGUAGUGAUUGGUACUUAGGCAGGGCGAUGGCCCUAACGAACAUCAACUGGGAGCUGAAGCCCAUUUUACAGAAAAUUGUCUCAAAACCCUUGCCAGUCGGGUUGUUUCUGCGUGCUCUGUAUGUCAAUCCUAAGAGGACAGAAGCUGAUUUGCAGAGGUUCUGUGACAACCUGGACAACUCCACCACACUAUCAUCGAACAAUGCAAGGCAAAUACUGAAGUUCUGUAAUCUGACAAGCAACUGCAAGAAUUCUUUGCUAUAUAUGUCUAUUUUCCCUGAAGAUACAAUCUUUGAGCGGACACGAUUGGUAAGAAGAUGGGCCGCUGAAGGCAUGACUGCUCAGAGAGGCAGACUAAGUGCACUGGAUGAAGCUGACCACUGUUUUGAUCUGCUUCUCGCCCACGGGUUUCUUACACCAAGGGACAUGUCUGAUACAGGAAAGGUGAAGAGCUGCAGAAUGGAUGCCAUCAUCCUUGGCACUGUGACACAGAUUGCAAGAGAAGAUCACUUUGUAAAGAACAACCAUCAUCCUGACUUGGCUCAUCGCCUUUCGGUUCACUAUGAAGGCCAACCGCAGCAAGCUGAGAAGGCGUGUUGGAAUAAUUGUGGCCGCCAAGCAACAGUUGAACAGUCCAAUGCCACUCAAGAGUUCUUGGAAUCACUUCCAUCGUCAACUCACUCAGGGAUUCUGAAAGUCUUUGAUCUAGAAGACUGCAAUGAAUUGGAGGACCACCAUGUUAAAAUCAUUUGCAACCAUGCAUUCCACCUUAAGUACUUGAGCGUCCGGAAAACUGGCAUUACUGAACUACCCCAGCAGCUCGGCAAGCUUCAGUCCCUAGAGACCCUGGACAUUCGUGAAACAAAAAUAAAAUCAUUUGCCAAAAAUUCCAUUUUUCUGCCAAAGCUAAAGCAUCUACUUGCUGGCCAAUGGACUGAUGAAGAGCUUGUUGUAAAUGGUGACGUCCAAUCAAAGCAGACGUUUUCCACCGUGGCGAUGCCCAAACAUAUCGGGGACAUGACAGAAUUGCAGGUGAUAUCUCAUAUUGCAGUUUCUGGCGAUGGCAGUGAACUACAAUAUGUUGGCUACCUACUUCAGUUGGUUAAGUUGGGUGUGGUUGUCUCCGGAAGUAAAGCAUCAUCAGUCUUGAGGCAUUUGUACCAUGCAACUGGAAAUCUUGGAUUUCUUCGCUCACUGUCAAUCCAAGUCACAAAAACCGACGAAGACUAUGAGAACAUGAACAGGCAAGAUGCAAGCCCAAUAUAUCCAAAGUAUCUUCAUAAGCUAAAAAUCAGUGGCCUGAAAAAUGGAUUGCCUUCAUGGAUUGCAAAGCUCAAGAGUCUUAAGUUCCUUGACAUUGCGUGCUCAGCCAUUACCACUAUCAACUUUGACAAUGAGGCAUGUCCUAAUCUGAAGAAGUUAACCUGGUCUUCUACUCGUGAAAAAUCUCUUUCGGGGAUUGAGCGCCUUCCAAGACUCAAAAAUCUCGAGCUGACAGGCAUAUUUGACUUGCAAAGUGUGAAACUAGCAAUUGAAGCAAACAUGAACAAGCCUAUCUUGGUAACAAACUGA